CCGGGAGGGCGCGGCGCGCGUUCCGCGUUCCGCGUUUCGGUCCCGGUGGCGCCAUGCGCUACAACGAGAAGGCGCUGCAGGCGCUGUCCCGGCAGCCGGCCGAGCUGGCAGCCGAGCUGGGCAUGCGGGGCCCCAAGAAGGGCAGCGUGCUGAAGCGGCGGCUGGUGAAGCUGGUGGCGAACUUCCUCUUCUACUUCCGCACGGACGAGGCCGAGCCCGUGGGAGCCCUGCUGCUGGAGCGCUGCAGGGUCGCCCGGGAGGAGCCCGGCGGCUUCUCCAUCAGCUUUGUCGAAGACCCUGAGAGGAAGUACCACUUUGAGUGCUGCAGCGAGGAGCAGUGUCUAGAGUGGAUGGAGGCGCUGCGUCGGGCCAGCUAUGAGUUCAUGCGGAGAAGCCUCAUCUUCUACAGGAACGAAAUCCAGAAGAUGACGGGGAAGGACCCUCUGGAGCAGUUCGGCAUAUCGGAAGAGGCCAGAUUCCAGCUGAGCAGCUUGAAGGCAUGAUGCCAGUGGAUGGGCCGUUAGCUCGGGGCUGGACCAGCCUCCUUGACGCUUGGCUGGGCCUGCAGGGCCCUGGCUUUGUGGUGGAAGGUGUUUUGGUUUAAAGACUUGCAAAGCUGGGCGUGGGGGGGGGGAGUGGGCAAAGUUUGCCUUUUUGGAGAAACAACCCAGCAAGCACCCUCCCCUGUGCCUCAGGACCCAGUGGACUGGUGCGGCACCUCCGUGCUGCUGCCCAGAAUUGUGCCCGACUCGCAGUUGUGUCCACCAGGGGCCUGAUGGGCACCUGGACUGGCAUGGAGCUCUUAUCCCACGCCAGCUGAAUGUACAAAGCUAGACGAUGCUGUGAAUGUGGGGUCCAGGUGGCCACGCCCCCUGCCUCGACCCACUGUGAAUUCUGCUGAUGGGCACCCUGCCCUCAGGUCAGCAGGCUUGUUCCCUUCCAAUAAAGUUACCUCUUU